ACCUGUCCGCCCUUCUACACCCUGCACCUGGGAUGCGCCCCUGCUUGGGCUCAUAACACUUUUAAUACUUUUCCUGACAGGAACGUCCACGGCACUGACUUCCUCUUCUUUGUGUGUGCGUGUGUGUGUGUGUGUGUGUGUGUGCGUGUGUGUCUUGUCACCUGACGCGCUGCAUGGAGCUCCUGGCUUACCUCCACGAUUCGGAGCUCGUGGCCCGGUUCCAGAGGCAAUGCGGACUCUCUCUCGUCGAAUCCGCGCAUCACACCCAGAGUGAGACCGGAACCUCGGUCAAGCCUGAGAGAACACGUGGGCAGCCGAGGCAAAGACUGAACCAGCAGGACAGGAAUUCCAACUAUAAAUACGAGGAGAAUGGAUGCGCUUCGCUUGCCUGCAGCAAGCCCCAGUACAAGGUGAGGAACUGGCCGUUGCACUUCCUCUUCCUGUUGUCAGCCGGCCUAGGUCAUGAAGUCUUCUACAUCACCUGUCUGCCCAUCAUACACUGGAGCGUGGACCCUUUCCUGUGCCGCCGCCUUGUCAACAUGUGGGCUUUAGUGAUGUACGUGGGCCAGGUGAUGAAAGACAUCCUGAAACUGCCUCGGCCUUCCUCACCCCCUGUGGUUAAGCUGGAGCCACGUGUGGACGCAGAAUAUGGACUGCCCUCCACCCACGCUAUGGCAGCGACUGCCAUCUCCUUCACCCUUUUACUAAGCGCCCCCUCCAGAAUACAGUUCCCAUUCGAGGUGGGUCUGCUCAUCGCAGUGACACUGUCGACCUUGGUGUCUCUGAGCCGUCUCUACACUGGCAUGCACUCGGUUUUGGAUGUGAUCUGUGGAAUUUUGAUCUCUGCCACGCUGUUAGGGAUCACCUACCCUUACUGGGAAACGCUGGACCACUUCCAACUGAACAGUCGCAUCUCCCCUAUUGUGGUGGUGGCACUGCUGUACUUCCUUUGCUGCAUAUACCCAGAGCUAGACCAUUACAGCCCCACACGGGGGGAUACGACCACCGUUCUGGGAUCGUGCGCUGGGGCUUCUGUGGGAUACUGGGUGAAUGAGCAGCUGGGGCAGACGUUUGAGCCUGAGGGGACGUUACCUGUACCUCUACCAACAUUGACAGCACACGCACUGGCACUAGGUGCUGGCCGCUUCCUGGUGGGGGCUAUGGCACUGUUGGUAACUCGGCACAUUGUGAAAACAGUGAGUCUGCAUCUGUUGUAUUCAUGGUACAAAGUGCCAAAAAGUGACAUUAAUGCCAGGAGGAGGAAAGAGAUUGAAGUGCCUUCUAAGUUUGCCACAUAUACGUCUGUUGGACUGGUUCAUUCUAUACUGGCCAGUAGACUCUUCGUUCUUUUGGGAUUGCUAUGACCUGACUGAUCUGAACAAAACUGAACCUCAUAUUUAUCUCAAUGUUCUUAAAAUUAUCUUUUUUUUUUUUUUUCCAAGAUUUUCAUGAACAAGUUCUCAGAGGGAAUGAUUCACAGGUGUAAAUGUGACUGACCUGUAACUGAGCUGAAAGCAAAUAAAACAUUUUGCUGUCAUAGAUUA